UGUUGAUGACGAUGGCAGACAGCGCAGAUCAGUAGCAGAGUGGUGGUACAGGCAGGGAGGAGUGCCUGCCAAUAUAAAAUAAUUGUCUCCGGUGACUUGCUCUCAAAUGACGGAAGACCAAUACAAUAAACGAAUGAAGCUAAGGUAGUGUGAAGAACCUCUCAACUAUUCGCGAAUUGACGCUGGUUGAGAAACGUCUCUAACAUUGUUUUGAAGGCCUGUUGCUAGCUACGAGAAUCCUCGGGCUAGCCCGGUAAACACCGGGCCGAGAGAGCGCAAGGGACCAAGGCAGGGGCUCCGUAGGCUGUUUUGAUCGACCAGGUAUAACUGAUACUGGCUGCCCUGUUUUAUAAUCAAACUAAGGCGUAACCUUUUCUUCUCCGGGGCGGAUAUAAAUCGGCGUAACUUAACUAGCUCUCAGUUUGACAGCUAGCUAACAUUAGCUCUCCUGUAUUUACUAGCUAACUCAGCCAAUACCCUCUGAAGAAGUUGGACACUUGGGUAUAUUUGUUUCAGUUAGCUAGGAUUUGAAUAGUUGGGUGCUACCACCUGCUGCUAGCUGGUGGUAAUUUAUAACCUUGUUGUUAUUUUGUUAACGCCGACUAAAGCUCGCCAGCCCAGUAGCUAAACCAAAAAGUAUGCUAGCUAAGGUUAUCGCAUCUUCAAUCUUAUCUACUGCUGACCAAAGUUGACCUUAUUUGAAUAGAAGGAAUAGACUACCUAGUUGAUUAACAAAACUAUCUUGAACCAGUUUUAAAGACAGAAAUCCUGAUGGAGGCUCACAGAGAAGUGUGGAUGUUGAUGCUGUCAGGUUUUACAGGUGCGACCUGUUGUUCUAGGCAUUAUUAAACCUCACACCGGGAUCCAACAUUUGCUCUACCCGAAGCAACUGAUCUGCUGUUUCGCCAUCUUGAGCUGAUUUGCUCAAGUAGGAUCCUCUUCAAAAACAGACCACAAUGAAUCGUUACCUGCCAGUGGCACGACAGCACUUUCUGGCUGCCCUUGCCAGCACCAGUGUGGUAGUGAAAAGUAUAAGUGCUGUGGUGGUACUCCUCUAUCUUUUGUCAUGGGCUGUUGACACUCCAUACGCACUGGGGGUGACCCCAGGCUACCUUUUUCCGCCAAACUUUUGGGUGUGGACACUGGUGACCCAUGGAGUGGUAGAGCAGCAUGUCUGGGGUGUGGUUGCCAAUGUAGGCAUAGUUAUGGCCUGUGGGCGCCUGCUGGAGCCUCUGUGGGGCGCUCUGGAGCUCUUGAUCUUUUUCGCAGUGGUUAAUAUAUCUGCAGGCCUCCUGGCAGGCCUCUCCUACCUCCUCACCUAUGUUGCCACCUUCGACCUGGACUACCUGUUUGCUGUUCGUGCCUAUGGAGCAGCUGGGUUCCUGGGAGGUGUCCUGGUGGCGCUGAAGCAGACCAUGGGGGAUACUACAGUGCUCAGGGUGCCACAGGUAAGACUCAAAGCAGCACCGGCUUUGGUCCUCCUCCUCCUGGCUCUACUGCGCCUGGCAGGUCUGCUUGACACCUCGGCCCCCCUGGCCGCAUACAGCUAUGGUGCCCUGUCCGGCUGGGUGUACCUUCGCUUCUACCAGAGGCACAGCCGGGGCCGUGGGGACAUGUCGGACCACUUUGCCUUCGCUAGUUUUUUUCCUGAGGCGCUGCAGCCGGCCGUGGGUCUGCUGGCGGGGCUGGUCCACUCCGCCCUGGUGAAGGUGAAGGUGUGCAGGAAGAUGGUGAAGAGGUAUGACGUGGGGGCGCCCUCCUCCAUCACAAUCAGCCUGCCAGGGACGGACCCACAAGAUGCAGAAAGGAGGAGACAACUGGCCCUCAAGGCUCUGAACGAGCGUCUCAAGCGUGUGGAGGACCAGUCCGCCUGGCCCAGCAUGGACGACGAAGAAGACGAUGAGGACGACGAGGUCAGAACCGACACACAGCCGCUCCUCCCAGGCGGGCGCGACCCCUCCUCCACGCCGAGACCAGCAGGGGGACCUGUCGGCGGCUCUCUCUCCUCCACCUCCUCAUCCUCGAUGUCGCAGAGCAGCGGAGGGCCAUCGACAGGCGGAGCGCAACACCCAGAGUCCAGCAUUAUCAGCUUCGAGGAUGCACCUGCUAGAUCGUAACAAAUAGAGCACACUUGUAAAGAUGUGCACGCUCUGUUCGGUGUCACUGGAAGGUUUACUAGUGUAGUCAGCGUCCCUGGCUAGUAUACAAAUAUGUUCAGUGACAGUGAGUAGGUAUACACUCGAUAUCACACACGCUAACACACACAACAUCUUCGACCAGUUCAUACACACAGACCGUGUGCUAACAAACACACUGUCAAUGUCAUGAUGAAACCAAAGGGGUGGUAACUGUAAAGUGCUUUCAGUUCAGACAUGCUGUUUGUAAAUGCUCAGUGUAGAUGGGCAAACUGGACACUUUAUUCUUCUUCCUUCCUGCAUAUGACCAGAAACCAGAAAUUCCGUCUGUUUCUGGACAUAAACCGAACUGGCAGCCCUCGGUCCACUGCUUCAUGUGUCUCUUUCUUUCUAAAUAAAUAACAAAAUGGCUCUACAAUAUUCUUUUUCCAAGUCUUUUUCGGCACCGCGAUAGUUCUCUGAUAGCCUGCCUCCAGAAAGCUUGCAGUGACAGAGACGCACGCUGACUUCUUGAUUCUUGACUUCUUGAUUCAGAGGCCGACGCUAUGCGCACCGGUUUGAUAAGCGCUGAAAAAAAUGGCUGCAAGUGACCGUGGAUUAUGGUUAACUGGUUCUUGAUCAGAAACCAGGAGUGUAAUGAAGGACGUAUGACGAGCACGUUCUCGGCAGUGGUGCUGCACCAGAAAGAGGCUGGUGCAGGUCUGUCCUGCUGAUAAACUGAUACAAAACUUCCAAGAUUUGAAGAGGUGAAAAUAUUUUUCCCGGGCCGAGGUCCCCUGGGGUCUCUCUGAAACAAAAGACAGAGAAAUGGACUGUGUACCCAUUUUUUUUAAUCCCCCAUUUGUUGUUAUGGUCUGUUCAUGACUAAACAAAAAAACCAAAACAAAAAAAGAAAUUGCUUUUUUUUUUCUGUUCACUAACAUGACACGUUCAUUGUGUUACACUCACACACACAUCUGUGGAUGAUGAAUAUGAUUCUUGUUUCCCAAAUUAUGAGUUUAUUGUAUUUUUCAUUAUCAAGCCUACUCCUGGAGCAUCAUCCUGUAUCAUUUUACACGUUCACCUUCUAUAGUCUGAAAUUAUACAAUAACCUGGGUGCAUGUAAUACACAGUGGUCACUGGUCAACUCAUGGUUGUGUUUGUCAUUUGGUGCCGACAAGGGUAGAGAAAGGUCAUUCACAGAUUGUGCAGGUAUUUUUUAGAGUAUGCCGAGUUUGUACCUGUGCUAUGUCAAACUCUGCUCUGAUUUGUUGAUUGCAGACUCAUAAAUGACUCCACAGACGGCGGACACAUGCAGGGAUCAGUAACGAGCCUGGCCAGGGUUUUCCCAGUCACAUCCUUUGCUCUCGUAAAAUCUUUUGUUUCUGAAAA